AUGCAAAUCCGCAUACCAUAUUUAAAUUAUCCGUGUAUUUUGAAUGAAACUUGUUAUCACGGGCAAUGUGCACGUGUUCAAGAUCUUUUAACUGGCUGGUAUGAAUAUUGUCUAUGUGCAAAAGACUGGUCUGGUUUUGAAUGUGAACAACAUAGUCUGUUAAGCCGUGCCGAUUGGUUUGUUAUUAUUGCGUGUAUUUUAAUAUUUGUCCUAGCUUGUGUAUGUACCGCUUGUAUCCCACUUUUGUAUGCAUUUCUUGAAGAAGACUUUUAUCCACAAAUAAUCGAAUGUGGUCGUCAAAGCCCAUAUGCUGAAAUAGCUAUACCAGGUACAACAACGACGAAUAAUGCUGGUGUGAGGGUUUAUCGAAUACCAAGUGAAUAUAUAUCAACUAGACGAACAAUUGUCGAUGGUCUCAUUCCUCUACACUCAGUUGCAUCAUUAGCCUAUUUAAGUCGUAUAAAAAAUUUAAUGUUUAGAAACAGUGUAGAACGUUCAGGAAAUACUCAAAUGUUAUCGAUAAAUAACGAACGGCAAUCACAACAAAACCCCAUUACUUAUUCACAAAUAGCUAGAUCAACUUUCAAUAAUGUCCAUCAGCAACAACGGAUUAUUAGUCCGGCCAGUGAAACAUUGCAACAAGUAGUUGACGAGUUUGAUUUUCACACAACAAUAACAAAUAAUAUAGUUAAUCAACAAGAUUUUGAUAGUAAUUGUCAACCAAAUUCGAAUAGCCUUGUGAAUGAUCAUGAAACUCCGUUGACGAUCGCAAUCUCAAAUGUAUAG